UCCAAUUCACACUGGACGGACAAGCUACCCAUCGUCUCAUCCAUUUACCAUCAGAGCGGACUUCGUUCUACCAUCGUCACCUUGCGCUUUCUGUACUGUAAAUAAAAAAGAAAACGUGGGUAAACAUGGAAAAGUCAAACGACCUUCCUUCUCCACAACAGCCUUUGGAUGAGCAGGAUCAGAUAGAGAUGAACUACCUGACGGUUCCAUUUCGCUCGCAAGCUGCCGACCAUUCCGAUCUAAAACGCUCCAUGAGUAAUCCUUCGGCAAUGGGUUACGGCAGUACUUACAAUAUUGGUGAGGAUACAUCCGGCGGGGCGUCUACGGCCAACCUGCUGAGGAUAGAUUUGGAGCGAAAGCUGAAUCGUCACACUGGUGAAGAGAGAGAUGCCUGGGACAACAGAUUUCAGUUCAUCCUCUCUCUCAUUGGCUAUGCAGUCGGAUUGGGCAAUGUGUGGAGAUUUCCCUACCUGACACAGAAGAAUGGAGGAGGCGCCUUCCUAAUUCCUUAUGCCAUCAUGCUGUGUAUCGAAGGCAUCCCGCUGUUUUACCUGGAGUUGGCUGUGGGACAGAGACUAAGAAUGGGGGCCGUGGGGGCCUACAGUCAGGUGUCCCCGUACCUGGGUGGGCUAGGACUAGCCUGUUGUGUCGUCUCCUUCAAUCUCGCCCUGUAUUACAACACAAUCAUGGGAUGGUGCUUUUAUUACUUCUUCCAAAGUUUCCAAAGUCCUUUGCCUUGGUCCAAGUGUCCAGAAGAAACUGUUGGAAAUGUGACCCAGAUUAAAGACCGUGAGUGUGAGAUCAGCAGUCCGACGACUUAUUUCUGGUAUCGAAACACGCUGAACACAGCUGCGAACAUAGAGGCAACACCGGUGUUAAACUGGCAGCUCUCCUUGUGCCUGAUCGGAGCAUGGGUCGUCGUCUAUCUGUGCCUCAUCAAGGGCAUUAAAUCUUCUGGAAAGGUGGUAUAUGUCACAGCCACAUUUCCGUAUUUGGUCUUGGUGAUAUUUUUCUUCCGAGGAGUUACGUUGCCUGGAUUUGAGAAAGGAUUAAAACAUUUGUUUGUUCCGGAUUGGAACAAAUUGAUGGAUCCCCAGGUCUGGUUGGAUGCCGCCUCGCAGAUUUUCUAUUCGUUCGGGUUAGCGUUUGGAGGCCUCAUUGCUUUGGCAUCAUACAAUCCAGUCCGGAAUAACUUCAUGCGACAAACAUUGAUUGUGACCAUAACCGACUUUUUAACUGCAAUAUUUACAGCGUCUGUGGUGUUUUCUAUAUUAGGUUUCAAAGCAACACUUGCUUUCGACGAAUGCAUACGACAACAUUCCAUGAACUCUACGUCUUCUGUUGGUGUUAGCAACAUAACAGAAGUUUGUAAUUUUCAAAAAAUCAUAUCAGAGUCGGCCGCCGGAACUGGUUUGGCGUUUAUUGCGUUCACAGAGGCCAUUAACCAGUUCCCCCUGGCUCCGCUCUGGUCAGUGUUGUUCUUCUUGAUGUUGUUUACUCUGGGCUUGGACAGUAUGUUCGGUACCCUGGAAGGUGCGCUCACCUCCAUAUAUGACAUGACGCUAAUCAAAAUCCGGAAAGAGCUCGUUUGUGGUGUUGUGUGUUUUGUCAUGUGCGCCAUAUCUUUGUCCUUCGCUACAACGACCGGACCUUACGUCUUCGAGCUAUUCGACGACUUCUCAGCUAAUAUUCCGCUCUUGGUCAUAGCGUUUACAGAAUGCAUCGCCGUGUCUUAUGUCUAUGGGCUGCAGCAAUUCAGUGACGACAUAGAGUUGAUGCUUGGUCAUAGGCCUUCUUAUUACUGGCUGUUCAGCUGGCGAUAUUUAGCGCCAAUUACAAUGGUUGUAAUAUUUAUUUCAAACCUCAUCGAGAUUUUCCAAAAAGGGACAUCUUAUUCUGCUUGGCAUCCGGAACUGGGCGUGACCGUGUUACAGCCGUGGCCCUGGUGGUGUCAACUGAUCGCAGCCAUCCUCAUUCUCAGCUCGAUUCUGUGGAUCCCGGGGGUGGCGCUGGCUCGCUGGAAAAACCUGAUACCGUGGAGGGAGGUGCCGCCAGCGUUUUUCCCUGCUGAAGAACUACGUGAGGAGUGGGGUCUCCAGCCCCACCGGACAAACUUGUUCGAGAGAAUUUUCUUCGGCUUUAGAGAACCCACCUUCAAACCGGCACCUUGAAAAGGUCGCCAACUUUUAAGCAAUGCCACGUGAUGCCUGCAAACUAUUAGGCCUUUCAGUGCAAUUUUGCGACUGCUUUGUACAAUAAAGGUAAUCAUGGUACGGUAUAACAUUCUGUGUAGAGACAUGUAAGAUUCAGUCAGUGACGUGCAAAAGAGUAGGUAUACUUGAGCCGUGUUUUGCACGGCUACUAUGUUUGGUGAUGAACAAGUCCCAGAAAGGUAGCACUCAGCACCACAAAUCAGCGUGACAGAAAACAGGGCUGUGCUGUGUCCUGGUCAAUCACUCACUGUGCACGCAGUGUCCUGGUCAGUCACUCACUGUGUACGCUCUGUGGUGCUCAGUCACUUACUGUGUGUGUUGUGUGGUGCUCAGUCACUCACUGCGCAUGCUGGGUGCUGGUAAUUCAGGCAUUGUGUAUAUUUGACGUCCCCCUCAUCAUAUGUAGACCACGCAAGGCUUCAUGGAAUAUCAUUUUACUAGGAUCCAUUCAAACGUAAUAAGCACCAAUACUAUUUUCAGUUCUAAUUAAUACAUGUGUCUCCAAAGAAACCGGAGGCAUUAUACUAAUCGGGUAAAAUAUAGUACUGUUAACACAUUCCUCUUUAGCAAAGGUCUCCAAGUUGGACACUUUCAUUUUUUAUUAGAAAAAUCUUUCUAUUCUUGUUUGAAAGUGAAUAUUCACUUUUGAUGAUGAGACAAGUAUAGGUCACAAAAAUUCCCGGGUGUGUUAAUGGUGAAAUAAGUAAAAGUCACAAAGUUGCCGUGUGUGCUAAUGGUGAAAUAAGUAGAAGUCACAAAAGUAGCAGUGUGUGCUGAUGUCAGAUGGUGAGACAAGCAGAGGUCACAAAAGUUGCCGUGUGUGCUGAUGGUGAAACAAGCAGAAGUCACAAAAGUUGCCGUGUGUGCUGAUAGUGAGACAAGUAGAAGCCACAAAAGUUGCCGUGUGUUCUGAUGGUGAGACAAGCAUAAGUCAUAGAAGUGGUCGUGUAUGCUGAUAACGAAGUAGAUAUGAACGUGGCGGAGUAGAAGCAAACGAGUCCGAAAAGAAGUGAAUAUGACCAAACGGGAGUGAAUGUGGCUGAAUACUGAUCACUUGGCACAGCUUGACACAUUUUAAAGCUUAAUUAUAGAAGUGUCUUAUGGUGUUGUGAUGACGUUUGAAACAGGAGCAUCUGCCCUUAUAGAAUCCGUGGCAUUGAAUCCCAACCGGCGAAUGUAUUGCCACCUCCUAAAAACGUUUCAGUUCACCUUAGUGAAAGUGAUGAUGACGUCAUAACGUCGCCGGAAGAUUGAAGAUUUGUGACCAUUAUGUGGGAUAUCCGUUUGGCCAGCUCGCGACCAUAUUGAUUAUCAUUGGUCUGGUGAAUUUUCUUGAUUGCCAGUUUAGAAAUGUCCAUAGCACAUGCUAUUCUUCUCCAUCGACCACACAAGCUGCAAAAUU